AUGCUUCAAAGGCGAUUCAUUGAGGUGAAAUUGCUGAGGCCAACUAAUCAACCUCUUCAGACUUCAGUCGAGAAGGGGUCGGAGAGAAUGAGAGAAGCAGACCAGAUCCAUUUGACAAAGAAUAAGACGACGACGACGACGACGGCGAAGAAAAUUACAACGGAAGGAGAUGAAGAGACGAAGUGUAAAUCAUUUAUUCCAUUAAGAAGCGUCUUCAGCACUUCUCCGUUCGUCUUUUGGAUUACCAACCAACAACUCACCAUGAGCGGAUUGACAUGA